AUGCCAGCAUUAUAACUCAUUUCAGUAGUCAUUAAUUAUUUGGUUGGAGAUACCAGAUAAAGUUGUGGUGUUGAAAAAAAGGAAGACAUUUAUAAAACUAUAUUAAUUAUCAAAAAUCACCUAAAAAAUGAUCCAACCUUGAAAAUGAAUUUAUAUAAUUCUGAUCAAGUAGUUAAAAAUAAUGAUUUAACUUUGAAAGAUAUAGAUAUACAUCAUAAAUGCAAAUUUGAAUUGAAUGAAAUUAAAGAAAAAAUCAAAAAUAGAGAUUAAAAGUUAGCAGAUACAACUUGUUCUUAUCUUAGAGAUUUGUAAGGUCUAAGAGAGUAAUUGUAUAGACAAGCUAAUAAUUAAAAUCACGAUUUUUCAGAUCAAAGACAUUUUGAUUCUUUUGAAAUAACUGAUCCAAAGUAUCGAGAAUUGUUGAAUAGUAAGGUUAGUAAUGUUAAGGCUGUAUAUGAAUAAAAAAUUAAAUAUCUUACUUAAAUUGUAGAAUCUUAGAAAAAAGAAAUAGGAACAUUAAAAACCUAAUUAUAGGAUUAUUAAUUUAGAGCAGAACAUUAUGAAAAUCCAGAAUUUUUAAUAAGGAAAUUAUUUCAUAUAGAGAGAGACCCUCAUGAAUUGUGGAGACUUAUUUAAGAUAAUUAAGGAAAUCCUUUCUUUUUUUAAGUUUUUUCUAAUUAGAAAAAAGGUUAUGGAAUUGAUUAUAUUGAAAUCGAUUAAUUAUUGAUGGCUGUCAAAGUUCAGGAUAGAAUAUUUGAAAGAUAGAAAUAAACAUUAGAUUAACAAUUAGCCUAAUUUAUGGAAAGAAUUUUGGAGGAUGUUUAUGAUUUAAGAUAGAAGGUAUUGGAUAAGGAAUCUGAAUUAGAUAAUUAUUAAAAAAAAUAUAUUAGAAAUCUAACUAUUUUAAACAAAAUUAUUUUGAAAGCCUUUAAUAAAAGUAACUUAUUAAUUAUUAUUAAGUUAUAAGUUCAUAUAACUAAUUGUUGAUCAAGACUUCAUUUAAAUUAUGGAAAGAUAAAGAAAUUUAAAUGGCUCCUCUCCUUAAAAAUUUAUCUUAAUUCUAAAUUAAAACUCUUGAGCAUGAUUUAUUUGAUUUUUUUAUUGAAUAAUUACAUGAAAUGUAUGAUAAAGUGACAUUUUUAGAAUUGAAACUUAACGGUUAGAAAUUUUUAACUAAAACCUUAGAGUCUAAAAAUUAAAUAAUUUAAAAUACAUUAACAAUAUUAAAAUGCCAUUUCAAUAUUAAAAAUUAUGAUUUGGAUUUAGAGUAAAAACUAUUAAAAUUAGAUAAUUUCUAAAUUAGAUUUUGUUAAGAAUUAUUAAAUUAAUUAAUGCGUUAAAAAAUGACUUAUUAAAAGUACUUAUAAUCAAUUCAAAAACAGGACAAAUAUAUACAAACAGAUUGUACAGAAAUUAUUGACUAAUCACUUUAAACUAAAGAAAUUAUGGUUGAUAAUGUAUGUUUGAUAACCUACAUAAAAGAAAGGUAUCAGGAAAAAAAGGAAAAAUUAAUAUUAUAGAAUGGACUUCGUAAUUCAAACAGAUCACAUUCAAUUUAAGAAAAUCAUAAAUUAAAUGUUGAUUAAUUACCUUAAUUAUAAUAAAAUAAUAGAAAAGUAAUUUAGAUUGAUUCAAAUACUUUAAAACAAUCAAGUUAUCUUUAAAUCAAUGAUUUAUCAUAAGAUUAAUCAAAUAAAAUUACAAGGAAAACUUCUUUAAGAGAUUCUGAGAUAAUGGAUAAAAGAUAAAUUAAACAUAAAACCGAUUUAUUAAGUCAUUCACCUAAUAAUAUUUAUACUCAAAGAUUUAAUCCGACAAGUCUAUCAAUUGACAAUGAGGCUAUAUAAAUGAAGCCAAUAAUCUAAAAUUAUGAAGAUAUAUAAUAAGAUCAAUUUGAUAGUAAUCUAUUAUUUCCUAAUUAAAAAAAUUUAUUACCUUAACUACAAGUACAGAGAGAAAUAAAAUAGAAUAUCAUCAAAUAAAUAAAAUAAAUUUAAAAUAAUUCAUAUAUUUAAUGUGAGAGUGAACCUGAAAAGUAAAAGAAAUGUAAAGAAGGAAAGAAUAAAUCCAAAAAUCUUAAGUAUAAAAAUAAUAUUAUUAUAUAAUAUGAAGAUUAUCCAAAACAUGAAUAAAAAGAAUAAUUAUACCUAUUUCUUAAUCAAUCAAAUUGUCCAUCAAAAAAGAAUAAAACUAGAUUAACCUAAUUUAUCUAUAAAGUGUGA